UACAUCAGGAUGAUGGCACACUUCUCAUGCAGAGACACAUCUGCCCGCGACCUCUGCGCUCGCCGGUGCCCCACGGAAGCGCGUGCGUGUGGGGAGAAGAAUGGCGCUUCACUGACGUCAGUCCCCGGUGUGUCGGUGGUCUUUUGUCGGGUCCGUGCCUUAUAAGUGAGGAACCCACCGAGUUGUCAGUCAGUCUCACAUCCACCCAGGCGGAGGAUACCAGCACCGGUGCGCAGCGCUCAUCCAACCAACCAGCAGCCAUGCCUCACUCCAUGUUCCCGCUGUGCGUCCUGGGAUUCCUCGCCCUCUCCUCCGCCUGCUACAUCCAGAACUGCCCCCGAGGAGGGAAGCGAGCGCUGCCGGACACUGGCAUCAGACAGUGCAUGCCCUGUGGCCCCGGAGACAGGGGCCGCUGCUUCGGCCCCGGUAUCUGCUGCGGGGAGGGUCUGGGCUGCCUGCUGGGCUCCCCAGAGACAGCUCACUGUGCAGAGGAGAACUACCUGCUCACCCCCUGUAUGGCCGGAGGGAGACCCUGUGGAUCUGAGGGAGGACGCUGUGCGGCAUCAGGACUCUGCUGUAACCCAGAGAGCUGUGCGGUUGACUCUGACUGCCUGGCGGAAAUCGAGGCCUCAGAUCCAGGCCACGGCGCCGGAGGGAGCUCACCUGCAGAGCUGCUGCUCCGCCUGCUGCAUGUGACGGCCAGAGGACAGACCGAGUACUGAUCCUGGAGCUGUGGAGGUUCCUCUGCUCCUCAGGGUCUGGAGGUGCACCAGAAACACAUCUCUGUUCCAAUAUCAACCCCGAGCCAAUAAAACACCAAGUCAAACUUUCUUCUCUUAACCCGUCCUGCUCUGUUAAUUUAGUAUCAGUACAGACGCUUUAUGAUCACAGACGGAGAACUAUCUUCAACCUGUUCACUGAUUGGCUUCUUCUAUUCAGAUCCCUGGGGCGAGGAAUCAUGUUUCCAUGUUUGUUCCCAGUUUGUAAAUGUACAUACUAAUGCACAUACUGUAAACAAAGUAUUAUCUAUAUGUUGAGCUCCAGUUCAAAUGAGUAAGUUAUGGCAGAAAACUGUAAAUAAGUCAAACGCUGGAGAUGAACAUUGCUGCAGACGCCCACAUGUGUAGCAGCUGAACGACGAUGCUGAGCAGUUCAUUCAUGUGUAGUAGAAAUGUUAUUGAUUCUUGGACAUGGGAGAAACA